AUGGCGUCGGGAGGCGACGCGGCCGCGUUGGCCGCCUCUUGCAUCAAUCAGGAGCAACUGCUGCAUGACCUGGAGAGCAAGUACCUGAGCCUCAAGAGCGACUUUGCCCUUGUCGAGAGCGAGCGCCAGACACUGGCAGCCGACAAACAAGCAGCUCUGGAAAAAGCAGAGCGUGUGGCUGCACUUGCCGAGGAGCAUGAAAAGGAGGCGCGGGAAUUGAAGCAACAGCUGCUGCAGGUGACGACCGAAAAGGAUGGACUGACGUUCAAGCUCCAAACGACGACGUCUCUGGCUGAGCGUCGACUAGCCGAAGUCGAGGAACUUCAGACUACAGUCAGAGAGCAAAACAAAGCACUGGUCGAUGCCCAGCGCCAGGAAAUGCAAGCGCUGGAGCGCGCGGCCAAGCAGGAAGCGCAGGUAGCGCCGCUGAUGCACGCACUGACGCGGGCCAAGAAAGAGACGGAAGCUGCUCAGCAGCACUCGCAGUGGCUCGAGACGCAGCUGAAUGAGAAGACUCGGACGGUGCAGGAGCUGCGACACGAGCUGACUAAGCACACGCACGACCUGGAGGAGCUCAAGAUUCGUAGCACGGAAGAGCUCACGUCAGUGAAGCGACAGCUAGAGAGUGCACGUUUGACUAACAAGAAGAUGGAGGGCGCGUUGGUCAAGAGCACAGUGGCGCUGAAAGAGCUACAGGCCUCCAAGCUGCACGACGAAGAAGUGCUGCAAAACGAGCUGAACGCGCAGCGUCGAUUGGCUUCGUUGUACCAGGAGUCAGCAGCGGAGGCUUCUGCUCGUGUCACAGAGCUGCAAAAAGUGUGUGAUUCGCUGCGCGAGUCGCUAUCAGAAUCGGAACAAGCGCUGGCGCGUGAGACAGAACAAGCAAAGAAGCAGGUCGAGCACUUGUUCCGAGAGCAGGCGGAAGCUUCCGAGGCUCGUAUUCAGGCACUUCAGGACGAUCUGCAGCACGCCAAGCAAAAAGCCGAAGAGAUGGAAAAGAAAAAGGUCUUCUCAUUGCAGACAGCCAGUGCUGCGGCCGAACUGUCUUUGACUGUAAGCGAAGCUCACUUGGCUGCGCAUGGAUUGACGCCUACGCAAAUGUACGAUCAGAUUGUCAAGCUAGAAGAGACUCUCCAAGCGGAGCGCAAAGAGAAGGACAAAGUGCAACUGUACAUGGAUCGCAUUGUGAAGGAGAUACAUGAGAAGGCACCAAUUCUUAUGGGCCUGCGGCUAGAUCACGAGCGCAUUGUCGCCAGCCACACACAACUGAGUGAGCGAUUGGAGCAGUGCAUGCAAGAGUUGGCGAAGGGCAAAACCAAUGAGCAGCAUGCGCGGGAGGAAAAACUCGCGCUUGAAAAGAAGUGUGAAUUGCUUGGCCAGAGCGUCGACGACCUGUCACGCCAAGUUCAGCACUUGCUUUUCCGCGCCCAGGGUUCGUUUGAACGCCCAGACAAUUUCGAAUCCGGCGAUGUCGGAUCCGAGAAUCUGCUGGUUUUCAAGGAUGUAAAGGAGCUGCAAGUGCGGAACCAGCAGCUCUUGACGGUCGUUCGCGAGCUAACUGAGAUGAACAAGUCCACGGCAAGCAAGAGCGGUACCGAAUCUGCAGACUCGACUGCACAUGUGAUCGUUGCUAGUGACUUGGAUGAUAAUCUUGACGAAGUCGGUGCCUCCAGCGCGAUCAAGAAGCGGUUAUCGAUGGCUUCCAAAGAGAUUCAGGAACUGCGCAACGAGCGAGAACAGGAGCGCGAGAUGAUCUCAGCAAUUGUGAAGCAGCGUGAUAUGUACCGUGUGCUGCUAGCCCAAUCCGAUACCAAGUUCGUGGAAGGUGGCGCUAGUGCUAGCAGUGUGGGUGCUCUAGAAACUUCUUCGUCGGCGGGCAAUCGUCGUGGUCCAUUUGACAUGAUCGAAAGCGAUAAACUUCGUGAGGUGCAAACGGAGUUUGAGGAUUACAAAAUGGAAAAGCAGACCAAUCUGAGACUGCUACAGGAAGCUCUGGACCAAGAACGUGCCAGAAGCUCGGAGUCACGGUUGGCGCAGAUGCAAGCUCAGGUGGAAGCUGCGUGUAAUAGAGAGCGCUACGAAGCGUCAGAGGAACGAUGCGCCAACGCCGAGAACGAGCUCGCACGUCUGCGGUCGAAGACGGAUCAGUUGAGCUCACUGAUGUUGCAGCAUCAGCACAUGCUCUCGAAAAGCGAGGCAAAGCUGGAAUCUGCAGCGUUGCGCGUACAGAGUCUCACAGUCGAAAGAGACUCGGCUGUCCGUGAGGUUGACUUCUUGCGCAAGAAUGAGGAGAAGAUCCAGCAAGAGCUGAUCACGGUGCGCUUGGACAAUACGAAUUUGCUAAAACUCAUGGAGUCGACGCGUCGCAUGGAAAGUGGGCGCGAGGAGCGUGACCGCCGUGAAGUGGAGAUUUUGUCAAAGAAAGUGACGACACUCGAGACGAAACUGCAAGAUGCAUACGAAAAGCUUGAUGCGAAGGAAGCCACUUGCGGAGCGCAAGUUCUGGCUGUUGAGAGGGAAAAGCAAGCAGCAGUGAGUGAACUAACGAAGCUUAAGGAGGCCCAUGGUCAAUUGAAAGAACAGUUUGCGCGGCUUGAAGAGCAGAAAAAAGCUUUAGACGAUAAGUUCGCUUUGCUGGAAAAGGAGGCCGCACACAUGCGUGAGCAGCUACGAAAGGGGGCAGGUGUCGCAGCUGCUGAACGCGUGGCAGCGUUGGAGGUCCAACUACGCGACGCUCAGCGCGAAGUGCAAGCGUCGCUUGUGUCACGAAAGACGCUUACCGAAAGCUUGACAAAGUACAAGGUUUUGGCUGAAGCGAGUGAAAAGAGUCUGGCGGAGUUGUCAAGCGCGAGUGAGAAAUGGAAACAAAGCGAAGCCGAGAAGAUGCAAGAGCUUGAGAAGUCCCGUGCUCAAUUGAAAGAAGAUCUGGUAAAGGCACGUGUGGACUUGAAGGAGCAUGUCGUCGAGAACAACAGCUUGCGGGAAGAGAUCGAUCGAGCCGAGAAAACGCACAAGCAAUCGGUUGCUGAAGCCACAGAGAAGCAAAAAAUGCUACAGCUACAGGCCGACAGUGCCACGCAACAGAUGAACAGUGCGCGUGAAGAAAUGGUGAAGAUGAAGAAUGAGCUGGAGACGACGCGGGAAAACUAUGAGCGCGAAUUGCAGCUUCACGCGGUGGAAGUAUCGAAGUCGUCGACGGCUCGUCGGGAAGUGGAGCAAGUCCGAAAGACUGUUCGUGAACGCGAGGCCGAAAUCGAAGCGCUGAAUGUGAAGGUAGAGUUGGUAGAGAAGGAGACACAGCUUCAGUUGGAGAGGCUCCAAAAGCGUGUCGAUGAAGCGGUCGAAGCCAAGAAUGCCAUCGCUGAGCAGAACAAGUUGCUGCACUCUCAGCUUGAGCGCGCGGCCGCUCAAGUGCGUCGCGCCCAUGAACAGGACAUGCUCAAGAUGGUGAACGGACAAGCGUCAGCGUCGAACCAAGAGGCUGGCGAAGGCGCUGUUGCACCCAGCGUGCACGAGAAAGAAAUUGACGAUCUCCGGAGCGUGGUUGCAUACUUGCGGCGGGAAAGUGAGAUCACCGAAUCGAAGCUCGAGCUAUCUCAACAAGAAGUGCAGCGUAGCCGCGCCGAAGUCUUCAGCUUGGAGUCUACGAUCAAACGUCUUCGUGGCGAGAUCAAGGCGCUAACUGAUUCGGCAACAGCAGCUGACAAGCAAACGAUAGUGGUUUCUCCAGAUGACCAAAAGCGUGCUGCCCAGCUCGAACAGUUGAGUCUGCUGCGUGAGAGCAAUGCGACGCUGCGUGAUGAGAACCAGAAGAAUUUGGCAAAGUUCAAGGAAGAGUCGACGAAGGUGCGAAGCCUCGAGGCCAAGCUAGUGCCCUUGCAGAAUGCUGAGACGGCUCUGAAAAUGCAAGUGGCGUCGCUGAAGCAGGAGGUCGAAACGCUGAACGACGCCAACAAGCGCUGGAAACAGCGUGUCGAUCAGUUGGUCGAGAAGUAUCAGCAGAUUGAUCCAGCUGAGCACGACAAGGUCGUUGCUGAGAAGGAAGCCUUGACGAAGGAACUUGCGGAGUUAAAGGCCGAACAAACUGCUCUAAAGAACGAGCUCGAGACUCUGCGUUCUUGUGGGGGUAAAGAGCUGGAAGAGGAGAAAAAGAAGGUCGAGAAUUGGACCAAGCAGUACGAACGAAUCAAGGGGUUUGCGAAGAACUGGAAGAACAAAGCCGAGAUGCUGACCAAGCAACUUGCCGAAAAGAACAAGGAAAUGGACGAUCGCACAAGCACCAUUUCUGCGCUGGAGGCCAGGCUUAGCUCUGUGCAGGCGCAAGUGAACAUUGUGGCGACUGAAAAGGCUGCACUGGAAGCGAAGUUGUCUGCUUGCGAGGCGGCGAAACAGGAGAGUGUUGUAGCAGCGAGCGGUGCGACCACGUCUUGGGAAAAAGAGCGCCUGGCGUUGAAGACUCAGUUGGAGCUAGAAACGAAAAAGAGUUCACAGCUGAAGGAUUUCAACGCGCGACUCAUGUCGGGUCUGAGAAGUCUCAAGAAGGAAAACAGCGAUUUGAAGGAUCAUGCAGCGAGCGCUUCACAGCUCGUCGGGGCGUCUGAGAAAACGCCCAAGCCUUCACCUCCUCCCUCGCCUCCGCAGGUGCCUCUUUCCGCUGCGAUGACGACGACGACAACGACGACAGUCGCUUCGCCGGCAAAACCGGCGUCAGCUCCCACUCCGCUGUUUUUGUCUCCAACACCGACGAUCAAGACCGAACCGGUCGAGGAGCGACGGAAUGCUGUGUCAUCUGAAGCUGACAAAAGCGUGACUGAGUCUAGUGUUGCAGCUGUCCCUGCUGCCCAUGCUGCCCCUUCGUCUGCUCCAACUUCGUCAGUGAGUGCGGUAUCUACGAUGGUGAUCACUACUGUCAGCAAUGCGAUGCCUACCUCCGUGCCUCCUGCGAAUGCAUCGACGUCGAUGCCUACUGUCCCAGCUCCCGUUCAGCCGACUCCUGCCGCUGCACUCGUGCCGACGAUGGUGGCACCCUCGACGGAAGCGCGUCCGAAAGAGUCGAUCGAAAAAGCCGCGGAAAAAGCCGAUGGAAUGACGGCCGAGGAGACGCUUCGCCAGUUUGCGUUGCGGUCCAUCAAGAAACAGGUGGAAGGUGCCGCUCGCUUGGUCCCCGCGCAGGCACCUGUACCUCCUGCUGACGUAGAAGCCCAGCCUGUGUCGCGAAGUGAGACGGUGUCUUCGGAGAGCAGCGGACCGUUCAAUGUUGGUGCUAGUACAAGCUUUGGUGCGUUCGGCUCGGGAGGGCCGAGUGGGCUCGUGUUUGGCAAGCCGGGCAUCUCGCUGCCUGUUCCGUCACCUCCAUCUCCAGGUGCUUCGCCGCUCCCGCAUCUGUCGCUUGCUGGAGAAAGUGUGCCACCGGAAUCACUGCGUCGCAGUCAGCGUCUUGCGCGUUUUGCUGCCGGCGGGGAUGGCGCUGCGAGUGCUUCUGCGGCGGGUGCAGCAGCUCCAGCCGCUAUCGAUGCAGUGGGAAGUGCGUUGACGAAGAGACCGUCGAGCAGUGGCGUCGUGGAGGAAAGUGCGCCUGCGCAGAAGGUUGCGAAGACAGGUGAAGACCAGUCGACGAAGACUACGACCGUGGCGACGACGACCACGACGACGGCCAGGACCACCACUUUGCCUACGACGACGACAUCGGAAGAAAAGCAAGAAGAAGACAGUCCUCCUGCACAGGCUGACUCGACCGAGUCGCACUCGACACCACCGACGCAGUAG